AUGAAUUAUAUUAUUCAUUAACCAAAGACCGCUAAAAAAUAAAAAACCUUCUAAAGUGGUUUUGAAACAGGAUUAACCCAAACAAGACUCUUGACAAUUAAAAAAUAAAAAUUAACUACUGCAAUCCAGAAGGAAAUUUAUUAAUUUAAUUUUGAUUUGUUAAGAAAUGAUUAGUUUGAUUAAUAAUUUAUAUUAUUAUAAAAUUAAAAACAGAAAAAUAACAAGAAAUAAUAAUUAUUAUUUUCGGAUAAAAUAUUGAAUAGCUAUUAUAAUAAAUCAUGGAUAUCAUUUAUAAUGUUAGUAGAUAUAUAAAAUGAGAAAAGAAACUUUGAGUAAGUGAGAUGGAUAGAAUAGGAUUUGGCCUUUUAGUACGUAGUUUUUGGAGGAGAACAAUUUGCUGAAUCAAUUGAUAAAUAUAGAGCUUCUUGA